UGCGUAGCCCUUGUUUCUUUACAUCACGCUCCUCAUUGUAUGUACAGGAGCCAUGCUAUUUGAUCGCUGUUAAUCGUUAUUUGAUGACGAGUGAUUGCGAGCGGCGGAUGUCCGUGUUUGUAUUAACAUUUAUUAAUUGGAAUGCAAAUGUGACUUUUAUUUAAGAAAGUUUGACACUUUAGUUUUGAAAUCUAGAAACGUUAGUCGUAAAGUUAGACUAAUAUAACCUUGGUAAAUAACCCGAUCAACAUGGAAGCCGCUGAGGAGAACGAGCCAAACGUUCUCCGUGAGAUAAUAACCGAUGAAGAAUUGGCACAAAUUCCAAAGGAAUUAACAAGGAAGAUUAAUGCGCAUUUUAAUGCAAAAUUCGAGGAGUUUAUUACUGCUAAGGCAGUUUUUGAGACGAACCGAAAAUGUUUAGAACAAAAUUUAGAGAAAGCACAAAAGCAAUCUGCAGAACAAAAGUUAGAGCUUGAUGAAUGUAGAGCAAAAUUAGAGCUAGCAGAAAAGACCAAUACAGAACUAUCUAAUAAUCUUGAGGAAGUAAAAACUGAAGUACAUAGAUUACAAGAGUUUGUCAAACGAUUGGAGAAAGAAAAUAGUGAAUUGCGUAGACAAAGAGAUAUAGUUACAGAUGAAACAAAUGCACUACAAUCACAAGUUGAAAGACGAGAUACUGAAAUUGAAAGAAUGCGUACUGAAUUAUCUUCUUUAAGUUCCCAACUUCAAAAUGCUAUUGCAGUUAAAUGUCAAACUUUAGCUGAGACAGAAGAAAUUCGUAGUCGAGAGAUGACUUUAGACUUCAAGUAAGUUAAAAAGAAAAAGACUAAUUUUUGUAAAUAUAUAA